AUGCCUGACGGGGGCAUUUCCCAAAGUCCCCAAGGACCUGGCACGGAAAUUGGGGAGAAUCGGGAGAAUGGCAGCGCGGCGCCGACCCGCGUCGUUCCUCGCCUUUUCAUCAAGUUUUCCGAUCGCCACAGCUCCUGGGUGUUAAUGUGCCGAGGGAAGGCAAUGCAGGAUUUCAAAGGUCCAGACUGUCGCUUUGUAAAUUUUAAGAAGGGAGAAGCGGUAUAUGUAUAUUACAAACUAAUAGGAAAAUCAACCGAGCUCUGGGCUGGAAGUGUUGGAAGCGAUUUUGGAUAUUUUCCAAAGGAUUUACUUGAAAUAAAUCAUAAUUAUUCCAAUGAGGAGCUAGAAUUACCAACAGAUGAAACAGACUUUGUUUGCUUUGAUGGUGGAAGGGAUGAUUUUGAUAAUUAUAAUGUGGAUGAGCUUUUGAAGUCAUUGCAAGAGAUGACAGCAAAUGAAGGGGAAACUGCAUCAAGUGACCAAGGGACAAAACCAGCCAAAGGAAUUGAAAGGGAUGAAGAGAUUGAACAGGUUGAUAGAGGAAAGCCGCUUGAUGAUUUGGAGACAGAUGAGCUAAGCGCAGAAGAUGACAAGGAAGCCCUCGCCAUGACAAAGGAAGUAGACAGUUCUCUUACAGAAGGAACUGAAAAUACUGGGGGAGACUCCAGUGUCCAUAGUCACGAAGAAAACUCUCAGGGAGAUCAAAUUGCACAUGAGCACUUGAAAGGAAUGCUACAUGGGAAACUAAAAGGGCUAGAAAGUGAAAAUACCAAAAACACUAGUAUUCCUCAGGGUGAAACCAGUCAACUUGACAAAGAGAAUGAAGAAGUCAAUGCCUAUACGCUUUUAAACAGAGAGCUCUCUGUGAACUUGAAAACAAAAUUUGGCUCAACUGCCGACGCUGUUGUAUCAGAUGAUGAAGUGACUCGCCUUGUUACAUCACUCGAAGAUGAUUUUAAUGAAGAUUUGAGCAUUAAUGCUCAUGAUGCAGAGGAGGAGCCAGACUUUGGAGAUCAGUCUGAAGAUAUCCCUUUGCUGUCUUUUAUGGCAGAGGAAGAAAACAAAUCCCCAGCGCAUUCAGAUGAUGAUGAAAACGAUGACAUUGAGUCACAAAAUCAUGAACCUGAUGAAGAUGCGAAGGGUGCUACAGAGCUAAAUAACCAAAGAGACGAUGAGGAAGAAUCCUAUUCAGAUGCAUUAAUUUUUAAGGAUGCCUUCAGUAAAAGCAAGAAGUUGGGUGACAGUUUAGGUGUGGACAGGUCCGAAUCUAAACGAACAAAAGAGAAACAGGAUGAGGUGAUGCUAAUUAGCAAAAGAGAAGCACCAGCAACAACUCAACCUGAGGAUCUCUCCAAAGAACUCCUUAGAAAGGAACCUGUAGGUACAGGUGAUCUGGAUUCAAAAGAAAAAACAAACAAAACUGAACAGUUUGAAGAGCAGCACACAGUUGAUGGAACUGGGUCACAUAGUGAAGAGCUGAAGAGUACAGCUGUGCCUGAUCCCCAUGUUUUGCCUAGUCCAGGAGAUGAUCUGCAGUCCAAAUCAUUUGUUGAAAGCAAGCAAGAUGCUUUAAAACCCCCUGUUGGUGAUACCGACAAAAGUCCAGAAAGACUGUCAUUUGCUCAAGUAGAGAAAGAUGAGAAAAACUUUGAGGAUGACGCCUUGGAUGAGGACUUGGAAAGUGAUUUAAAGCACAAAAUGUUAUGGGAGAAAACAAAGGAGAAAGAAAGAGCUGAGAACAAGCCUUCUGUUAAUGUUCCAGCCAAACCAGUGGAAGGGGUAAAAAAUGCAUCUCAAAGUGACUUAGGAGAUACUGACCUCUUGAAAGAGAAACUGGAGCAUGGAAUGCCCACUGUGGAGAAAGAACUUCUAAGGCAUGGAGAAGAUUUGAAACAAACAGGGGAGACUGAUCAUGAAAAUCAGAAAACCACCUCUCUUCUUAACAAAGAACCUGAAAUAAAAAGGAGAAACAUGAAAGAAACCCCUGCAGGGGAGGGAGACCACAGCCAUAGAGGAGCUGUGGAGCAACCUAGCUCAUGGGAAAAUGAGACUGAGUAUUCAGAGGCAGAUGUGAAAGAAGAGCUUUCAAGAAACCUUGGCAAGAGGACAGUAUUUGAAGAAAGCAUUGAGAAAAGUUCCCCUGAAGAAAAAUCAAAAAGCACUCCACAGAAUACUAAUACAGAGAAUCUUACUCAGCAAGGAACUGCUCGUACUAAGGAUGCAGAUUCAGACAAAAAUCUUGGCACAAAUUUUGCUAAAGAAAGAACACUGAGAUCAGAAUUGCCAUCUGAAGAGCCAGAUGCUGAAGAUGACCCUGACCUGAAACAACCAGAGGAAGAACUACUGGAAGAUGAGAAUGCUGCAAGUGCAAAGCUGUCGCAAGCAAGGGCUGCAAAUGUACAGGGGGAUACGCUAAAUGUUAAAAGUACAAACCCUGAAUUAGAAGUACUAAGCAAAGCUGUUUCGGGAACUGCAAAUCCUACUUACGAAACGGCACAGGAAACAAAUUCCUUUUCUAAGGAGACUCAAAAACCUAUCAGCGUGCAAGAUGCAAGCGGGACUGGGAACAAAGAGGUUGACGUACCAGUGAGCAAAGAUGCUAAAUUGGGUGAGACGGAACACGUCAUGGAAGAUGAUGAUGAGUCUUCCGAAGCUGAGGAACCGUCAGCUGUGGAAGAAGAUAAUUUCCACUCUCCUGAUGCAGAAGACAACAAUGACUUUAACCAAAGGAAAGGUCAUCUCCCAGAGGGCGUUUCACAGAAAGACUCAAAAGAGGUGCAAAAGUUAGAGCAUACAAGAAAUGACCACCAGCAAUCUGCACAUUUCCCCAGCCCUGCUGACACCUCAGCAGCCACAGAUGACACUGUAACAGACUUCAGUGAGUCUGUGAAGCGGCUCACAAUAAUGAGAGAUUUUCUUGAUGAAAAGCGUGUAAUACGUCUACAAAAGUACCUUGGGCAUCAACACGUGGUUAGGAUAGAAGCCAUGUUUCACGACAUGAAGGUAGAGAUGGAGCUUGCUCGGAAAGCAAGCCAUAAUAAUGAAGAUACAGAAAAAGCUUUGGACCAGAUACUUGAGUUUUCAGAAUCGAGCAUUAUGGGUGUUGUAGGAAAAGUUCUGGAUUCCAGAGUGGCAGAAAAUAAAGAGGAAGUGGUGAAAGAAAUGGAUUUGUAUGAUGAUGAGAGCGCACUGAUGGAUGAUAUUCAAGAAUUAAUAUAUUCUUUAAGGAGUAAAUACUCGUCUGCUAGUGAGAGUGUCCCACUUGCAUCUCUUCCAAAACAGGAAGAUGAUCAGCUGCAUAUUCAAGAUGGUGCAGAAGAGGCCGAAUAUGACGGAUUUUCCAUCCGAAACCCAAAUGCCAUUGAUAGCAAUCAGAAAUUUCAGCAGCUUGAAGAUAAGAGGCCAGAACCACCUAUUGAGGAGGAGAGAGCUGUUAAUGUUCCACCUGAGCAUGAAGAGGCCAACCUCUUAGAUAAUAGAGAAGCUGAAGAAGGGUACGAUAGCGAAAGAGGAUCGCUGCUGGAAGAUAUUUCCUUUGGGUCAGCUGUUGUGGGACAGAGUGCCAUGGAAGAUAUUGCUGCAG